UUAGCUGUGAUUUGGUCACAGCUAAUCACAUGACAUGUGCAUGUGAUUAGCUGUGACCAUUCACAGCUAGGCACUAGUAUACAAUAGAUGGCAUGAAUGAAGCCAUCCAUUGUAUACAACUGCCAUGUGACCUGCUGUGAUUGGUCACAGCAGGUCACAUGGUUCCUGCAACGGGGGCCGGUACUCAGAUCUGCCAUCGGCCGUGUCCGAGGUACGCGGCCGGUGACAGAUCGCGCUCCUGCGCCGCUCUGCAUUAGCGCAAACUGCGCAGCUAGAAAUGGCGGGUGCCAUUUAUGA